GUCCUCUUCACCCUCCCUCAGGUCCACCACCCCUAGACCUGCCCGUACUUCUCCCUUCAGCUUCACCGGGACACUGCCAGUUGGCUGGGCGUACUUCAGGAUGUUGGCACAGAGACUUGCGGCGCGACAGCUGCCGCGACUGGGUCGCCGGACCUUCGCUACUGUCAAUGACUCCCCCCUCACUAAGAAGGUCGAGAUGACCAACUGGGAAAAGGGCCACUACAUCAACUAUGCGGGCAUGAACGAGACUCUGAACAUUGUACGCAAGAGGCUCAACAACAAGCCGCUCACGUACGCCGAGAAGAUUUUAUACUCGCACUUGGAUGAUCCUCAUGGCCAGGACAUCGAGCGUGGCAAGAGCUACUUGAAGCUCAGGCCAGACAGAGUUGCUUGCCAGGAUGCCACUGCCCAGAUGGCCAUAUUGCAAUUCAUGAGCUCUGGUAUGGAUGCCGUUGCUACACCUACCACCGUGCACUGCGAUCACUUGAUCGAGGCGCAAGUCGGUGGCGAGAAGGAUUUGGCACGAGCCUACGACAUUAAUAGAGAGGUUUACGACUUCUUGAGCUCGUCCUGCGCCAAGUACAACAUUGGUUUCUGGAAGCCCGGCUCUGGUAUCAUUCAUCAAAUCGUCUUGGAGAACUACGCUUUCCCAGGUGGUCUGAUGAUCGGUACUGAUUCCCACACUCCAAACGCUGGUGGUCUCGGUAUGGCUGCUAUCGGUGUCGGUGGUGCUGAUGCCGUCGAUGUCAUGGCCAGCUUGCCUUGGGAACUGAAGGCACCAAAGGUCAUUGGUGUUAAGCUUACUGGAAAGAUGAGUGGAUGGACUGCCCCUAAGGACAUCAUCUGCAAGGUCGCUGGUAUUCUCACUGUCAAAGGUGGAACUGGAGCCAUUGUGGAGUAUCACGGACCUGGAACCGAGAACCUCAGCUGUACCGGAAUGGCUACAAUCUGCAACAUGGGAGCUGAAAUCGGUGCCACCACCUCGCUGUUCCCUUUCAACGAUUCGAUGCACAAAUAUCUCGCUGCUACCAACCGCAAGCACAUUGGUGACUUUGCCCGCGGAUACGCCGCCGAACUCCGAGAGGACGAGGGUGCCGAAUACGACGAGCUUAUCGAAAUCAACCUCGACGAGCUCGAGCCACAAAUCAAUGGUCCUUUCACACCUGAUCUUGCCACUCCGAUCAGCAAAUUCGCCGACGCUGUCAAGGAGAACAAGUGGCCACAAGAGUUGAAGGUUGGUCUGAUCGGAUCAUGCACAAACUCCUCGUAUGAGGACAUGAGCAGAGCCGCGGCUAUCGCUCAAGAUGCGCUUGACCAUGGUAUCAAGGCCAAAGCUCUCUUCACAAUCACACCUGGAUCCGAGCAGAUUCGUGCAACUUGCGAGCGUGAUGGCCAGCUCAAAACUCUUGAGGAGUUCGGAGGAAUGGUUCUCGCCAACGCAUGCGGACCUUGCAUCGGACAAUGGGAUCGCCGUGAUGUCCAGAAGGGUGAAGCGAACAGCAUCAUCUGCUCUUACAACAGAAACUUCACUGGGCGCAAUGACGCUAACCCCGCCACGCACUCUUUCGUCGCCUCCCCAGACAUGGUCGUUGCUAUGACUCUCGCAGGUGACCUCACUUUCAACCCACUUACCGACAGCCUCAAGGACAAGGACGGAAAGGACUUCAAGCUCAAGGCGCCAACUGGCGAUGGUCUGCCAAGCCGUGGCUAUGACCCAGGUCAAGACACCUUCCAGGCUCCCCCUGAGGAUCGAUCCCAAGUCUCUGUUGCAGUCUCGCCAACCUCCGAUCGUCUGCAACUGCUCGAGCCAUUCGAGCCAUGGAACGGCCAGGAUGCAAAGAACGUCCCAAUAUUGAUUAAGGCACAAGGCAAGACCACCACUGACCACAUCUCCAUGGCCGGUCCCUGGUUGAAGUACCGUGGCCACUUGGACAACAUCUCGAACAACUUGCUCAUCGGUGCUAUCAACGAGGCAAACGGCAAGGCCAACGUGGUCAAGAACCAGAACACUGGCGAGAGUGGUUCUGUCCCAGACACUGCCCGUGCAUACAAGAAGGAGGGCGUCAAGUGGGUUGUCAUUGGUGACUGGAACUACGGAGAGGGCUCAUCGCGUGAGCAUGCCGCUCUCGAGCCUCGCCACCUUGGUGGUCUUGCAAUCAUCACCCGUUCUUUUGCCCGUAUCCACGAAACUAACUUGAAGAAGCAAGGAAUGCUUCCUCUGACCUUCCAAAACCCAGAGGAUUACGACAAGAUCAAGCCUGAUGACCGCAUCGACCUGAAGCUCACCAACAUUGGAGUCGGUGUGCCAGUGGUGAUGACUGUGCACCCAGCUGCCGGCGGUUCUGAGUUUGAGGUUCCACUUGUUCACACAUUCAACGAGGGACAACUUGAGUGGUUCAGGAACGGCAGUGCACUGAACACGAUGGCAAAGAAGGCUGCCGAAGCCAAGAAAUAAGUAACUCGUGAACCAAACGGGAAUCAGCAAAUAGGAGAUUGGGCAGAGCAACGAAAGAGAUGACUUUCGAAAUCGUCGCUAUGAAAUACAGAACGAGCGGCAUUGGGCGCCUCGUGCAAUCAUGCGCCGGGGCAAGAAGUCGGCGCGGCCAGCGACGAGAUUCAGCAUUGUGCAUAUUGUUUUUCAGGCGUGGUUGGUGUGGGACUUAUGUAUUCUGAAAUGAGUUUGAACACCGUAGUUAUUCCAUUGGCCUCACUUUGCUAAGCCCAUGGCGUCGAUUCGCUGUCCCAUAAUGUUAGUUAGGUCAGGUACUAUGGGGUUCCGAAGUACAUAUACCUUACUUGAUCAUUCUAAG